CGGAGGAGGGUGUGACUUGUUGGCUCCUUUUUUUCCCAGCCUGUAUAAAACGAGAAGUUCGCGUAAAAGACAACACAGAUGGAGAAGGCUAGCCGGAUCGCUGUGUCACAGAGAGUCCCUUUGAGCCUGCGUGACAACUCACACACUGUCCCUUUGUGACCAGCUUCCCAUCGGCAGAAUGCCCGCUCUCUGCGUGCUUUGUCUGGCCGCGGCACUCGCUGCGCUCUCCCGGCUCGUCGGCACCGUGGGGCCGGUGGUGCGGUGCGAACCGUGCGACGCCGGGGCGCUGCUGCAGUGCAAGCCCCUGCCCAAGGACUGCGCGGAGCGCACGCGGGAGCCCGGCUGCGGCUGCUGCAUGACGUGCGCCCUAGGUGAGGGACAAGCGUGUGGAGUGUACACUGCGCGCUGCGGCUCCGGCUUAAGCUGCCGGCACCAGCCCGGAGAGAUCCGACCUCUACAAGCGCUGCUGGAGGGGCGAGGAGUGUGCACCCCCGCCGCGUCCAAGCGACUCAACAGCAUUCCCAUACCGCAGAGACCAGAUAACGGUGGCAAUCAGGUAGAAGAUGGAGGGGCCAACACCACGCAGCCGAUGCCGGUGUUGCCUGGGGCUGCGACUGCGAAGGGCGGACACUACCGAGGGUCCACUGACAUCAGGCCUUCACCGCACAACAAGCUGAUUCAGAAGGAGCAGAACAAGAAGACGCAGAGCUACAAGGUGGAGCCGGUGUCCGGAGGAGCCAACGUGGACGUGCACAACUUCUCCCUGGAAAACAAGAGGGAGAGCGAGUAUGGGCCGUGUCGACGGGAGAUGGAGAGCAUCCUGAACAGUCUGAAGAUCAGCAACGUGCUCAACCCCAGGGGCUUUCGUAUACCCAACUGUGACAGGAAGGGCUUCUACAAGAAAAAACAGUGCCGUCCAUCCAAAGGCAGGAGGCGGGGUUUCUGCUGGUGUGUGGACAAAUACGGACAGCCACUACCAGGCCUGGACGGCAGGGAGCGGGGAGGAGAGAUGCAGUGCUACAACCUGGAGAGCAAGUGAGGGGGUGGGGGGGACGGAUGGACGGAGGCACGUCGAGUGGACGGAGGAGAGAGGAAAGCGACCGGGGAGGGGUGGAGGAGAGGAUGAGGAGGCGAUGGGUUGGGAGAAAGAAAAGAAAGAAAGAAAAGAAGCCUACUUUGCUCUAACUUGUAGAACUGUGUAAACAUUUGAAGGAGCUCUGGACCUUUGAUUUAGGUUUUAUGUCUGUUGGAGGGAGGGGUGGAAGAGAAGAGGGGGGCGAGGGGGGAGCACAGCCUCAUCCAGAGCGUCCAAAGCCUCCUGUCCAUCACAGCUGUCUGUCCCGUGUGUCAGGGCCGUCUAUCCUUUCUUUAAUACAAAAUAAAUAAGCUGAAAGCUGAUAGAGUGGAGGAGAGAGAGAGAAUCCUAUCAUCUGCACUAUUCUUUUAGAGAGAGAGGAAGGAGGGACUUUUCCACUCACUUUAAAGACGACUUGUUUGUGACUGUGACCCCAAAAACCGCACCAACACCAUGUCUACGUGUCUGUCUGUCUGUCUGUGCAUAAGUGUGUGUGUGAGUGUGUGUGUGAAUGUGUGUGUGUGUGUCUCACACAGCUGCAUGUCUGUGCAUCACAGAGAGUGAGCGGGUGCUUUACUUGUGUAAAUACUGUACGUCACUAAGCUCCAGCC